AUGGUAGAUGAUAUUAUGCCGCAAUCUCCUAAGGAAAUGGAGGAUGAGCUUAUGCUACAACCACCACCAGCAAAUAGCCGGCAUAUCCCUUCCAUAGAACAGGAUUACAAUGAACUUCCUGACAUAUCUGAUUAUCUAUUACGAGAGAAUAUGUCUACCCCUAGUUUUUCCCUGUUAAGAUCGGACGUGCCUACUCCCGACUACUGUGAUGGCAAUUUAGCAUCCGAACCUCAUAAUUCACCUAGCUCGUCUUUGCCUCACUCGCCUAUUCGUAAUAUUGCGGAAAACUUACCCUCUCGAAAAGAAUCUUCAGAACGUGGUGAUUUAGUCGGUCCGUCUAUUUUCCGUUCGCGAAUUCCAAAUAAUGCAGAAAAUUUACUCUCGAGAGAGGUAGCUGCAGCUAUUCGAAAUGAAGAAAAUGUAGGGUAG